AUGUCCAAAUUCAUGACGACAUGUCCUAUCCCCUUUAAUACUACUCAAAAAUCUGGUAUUCCACCACUGUCUCCAUCCUCUGAAGAUGCCUUAACCAGACGUUCACAGGCCGUUAAGAACAAGAAAAAGAAUGGUAAUGUCAAAAACUUUAUGGCCGUGCCACCCACUCCUCCCGAUGAACCCAUAACUGUACAAUCCCAAAAACGUACAGUUACCUUCCAACUUCCACCCGAGGUACUCAGCACGCCAGGCAAUUACGAUACGCCUGAGGAAUUAUAUCUGCCAUUAUCCCCUUCAUCGCCACCCGAACUCGAAUGCAUUGAAUUAUCAAAGGACAUUCUAGUUCCUCUAAUGGAACGCGAUAAAGAUAUGCGAGAGCUUGUAACUAAAAAUAAGGCAUUUUUCGACACAAUCAAGUCAUGUUUCGGUUCUGAAGGGAAGUGGCAAGCGUUUAACAAAGUAUUGAAUACUCCUCGUGCUGAGAUGUGUGAUAAUUCGUGGAUGAAUUCCAUAACCGAGUACCUACGUCAUAACCCAGCAUUAUUACAAAAGUUCAAGUACAUCGUCGGUUACUUUGAAAAUGGAUACAAUGAUGAUGACUCAAACGUCGAAACAGAAUACUCACUAUCAUGGUCGCAAAAUGAAUAUAUCGACAUCACACCAAUUAGAGAUUAUGCAGAAAAAUUACACCGGUUUGAGGAUUCAUAUCCGCAGUUCUUUGUCAAAGCACGUGAAUGUUUGUCACAAGAAAAGCGAUCUGUAUUGAAAAGGAAGGAAGAAUUCAACAUAGAAUAUGACUUGUUUGGUGAGUUUAAGGAGAUUUUGUUUGCCGAUCGGAGCGUGUUGGAUGAUGAUGAUUGGGAAAUGCUAGUGUAUGACUGCCUUGAUAAUUGGCCUGAUUUGGCGACGGAGUUGGAACAUAUAAUUGCGUAUGAAGCUCAGGAUAGUGAUGUCGAAGACGACAACACCGAGUCUUCGGACGAUGAUGAGGAAUAUUUUUAUACAAGUUGA